AUGGACAAGAUGGUGAGCAAGAUCAAAAGUUUGGAGAAGAAGGUUUCUGGUUCUUCAAGCAAGAAGAAGAAGGCCCCCACAUUCCUUAGGAGUAGAUCCUUCUCACCACUCCAAGGAGGCUCCCUGCCCAAGAGCCUCACAGAGCCUCUUCUUUCGAGCCAAGGGAAGGAGAAGACAACACAGAGAAGGAGGAAGAGCUUCAAGGCCAGACGCUCCAGCUCGACCACCGGACUCGAUCGAGUCCAAACAGAGGAAACUCAACUCGAUCGAGCUGACGGUCGAGUUGACCUGGAGGAGCCCCAGUUUGAGGAUCCGGAUUUGAUACGAUCCAACGCCUUACCAGGAGCACCCCGGAGUAGAUGGAACCCCUAUGGACAGUACGAGCUAGCCAUGCUCCACCAAGGCCAAGGGAGCCACACACACUUCAAUGAAGAAGGAGGAAGAAGAGGAGCCGCAAGCUCGAUCGAGUGA